AUGGCAUCCUCAUCUACAGGUAUGUAUGUAUCUGUAGAUUUUCAUUACAAUGGAUUCUUUUCGCCAAACCCAUUGGUGUACUUAGACCCCGUAAAAACAAAUGUACGUGAUGUGGAUUUUGGGGGAUUUACGUAUAAAGAGUUUCUUUUGUGGCUUACGAAAUUAACAAAUGGAGAAUGUGAUAAUGUCUACUACUGUAUGAGAAAGGAAAGCUUGUGUGAGGGUAUUAGAAGAAUCGACAGUGAUGCUGAUUAUUGGGAGUUUGUGGAGACUGUUUAUAGUCUGGAGAGUGAUAGUCUUGAGAGUGAGUUAGAUGUGUACAUUGACCACCGAAAUGAACCAAUUCUUGAUUGGGCUGAUAACGAGUUCUUAGAAGAUGAUGAACAUACUUUUGAUAAAACUGUUAGAGACCCAUUCUUGGACAAACUUUCAGGGCAUAUUAGUGAUGAUGAUGAAGAGGAAGCAAACAAUGGGAAACUUAAGGAUGUUAUGUUCCCUGUCCAUAAUGAGAAUCAAGAAUGGGAGCAAAUGGUGCCAGUUUUGGGUAUGAAGUUUUCUAAUCCAUUGGAAUUGAAGUUGUGUAUCACCAACUAUGCAGUCAAAAAUGGAUAUGAUUUAUGGUAUGAGAAAAGUGAUCAUGAAAGGUUAUUGGGAUUACUUGAGGCUGUGAAGGAAAGGGUCCCAGCAGCAGAGCAUAGGCAAUGUGCUAGGCACAUAUGUGCUAACUUCCUGAAAAGGUUUAAGGGCCAAGUGUUUAGAAAGCUUUUCUGGUAUGCUGCUGCAGCUACUACCCCUGCAAAAUUUGAACAACACAUGAAUGAAAUCAAGAAAUUAGAGCCACUAGCUUAUGACCAUUUGAUGGAAAGGGACCCUAAAACUUGGAGUAAAGCAUUUUUCAGACUGAUAGGGCUUGUGAUGCAUAUGAAAAUGGUAUCUCUGAGAGUUUCAACUCUGUGA